AUGGCCCGACAAAGGAAAGCAAAGGGCAAGAAGAAGGGCUCACCAACCAGAGGACGUGAAGCCUUUUGUUCGCACGGUAAUCCCAAUCCCUGCAGGAAUUGCUCCACCACCAUACGACGACAGAUUCUGGUUCUAUCUACUAGUAGUCCACUAUUGCAUGCAGCCGCGAAGAAUUUCCUGACAAUUCUGACGGGUUUGAUACUCUGCUGGAAAAUUUUAUUGGCUUCCUCCAAGACCUCCAUGACCACCCCCCCUUUUGGAGAAAGCCCAGACGGAUUGAUGGCGGUGUUUGUCGAACUGUGCACAAUAAUAGCACGCACACCAAUGGAAGAUCUUCUUGGGAAUCCAAGAUUUGGAGAACACACUUGA